AAAAUCAAAGUUCACCAAACAUGUGGAAAUUAUUUCGCGUGAUUGGAAAGUGACAAAAAAGGUGAUUAUAUAUCUUAAGGUUUUACAUUGUUGAUAGACUUUCUUUAGAAUUUUCAUUAUGUCGGAUUCAAAUAGUGUAAACUGCUCCAGUUUAUUUAAAUUCUCCCCAGAAGAAGCAGAAAAUAUUGUUACGAAGUGUAUACAAAAUGUCAUUGGAAGUAGUACAUAUACGCAUGAAUCCAGUAAAGAAUGGGCAAGAAGUAUAGUCGAUUCCUGUCGAAGUGAUCUGGUUAAGUUAGGGAAACCAUUCAAAUAUGUUGUAAAUUGCACAAUAACACAGAAACCUGGACCUGGUGUUUAUAAUGCUGCUUCAUGUUACUGGGACACCACAAAAGAUGGUAACUGUAAAGUGAAAUGGGAAAAUGAUCAUGUCCAUUGCAUUGUUGUGGUAUUUGCGAUCUCACUUUAACUAACAAUCAGUGGCUGACUCAUCGAGGAAAACUAUUGUGAAGUGAAAGCGAAUUUCUCUCAAAUGAAAUAAUUACCAUUUGAAAAUUCAAGAUUCUACGAACUAUUUAUUACUUUUAAAAACUUAUUUUGUAUUGAUGGUAAUAUUUUUCCAUUGUAUUUAUACAUUCUUGUCCGGAAAAGUUGUUUUGUUUAGCAUUUGAUGUGGUUAAGUGGUGUACACUGUUAUGUAAAAAAUUGGUUCCAUUUUUACUCGAAAUAAGAAUGUUUCAACCAAAUGUCUG